GUGCCACUCACGCCCAAAACAUUAACAAUUCAGUACGUUAUUGGCCGCGAGCGAGGUCAUAUGUGUAUUUUGUUAGAAUUCAAUAUACAGCUUGAAUCUAAAUAAUACGAGUAUAAUGAAAUAUAACAAAUCAAUUAGCAAAUCCUUAGAGCUUAUAAGGAGAUCCGCGAAAGUAAGACAUGGCUUUCUGCGCGCCUACUCUACAGAUCAGCCGAAACCAUUCAAAUCCAUGCCGGGGCUUUCUUCAUUACCUGUCAUUGGACCUCUACAUCACUUUCUUCCUCUGAUAGGCUCAAUAGGGUUAAGGUCGAAUUUCACGGAAACUUUUGGAGCCUUGGGUGAGAAAUAUGGGCCAGUGGUGAAAUUGGAUGGAAUAUUUGCCAGAGCCAGUAUGGUACUCUUGUUUGAGCCAGAACUUUAUGAACAGGUAUACAGGUCAGAAGAAACGAAUCCAUUGCGGCCUGGAUUUGAAACUCUCACUUAUUACAGGGAAGUUAUGAAGAAAUCCACUUUUAAUGGUGUUUUUGGCUUAACAACAGCACAAGGAGAUGAUUGGAGAAGUUUUCGGACUAAGGUGAAUCCUGUGUUGUUAAAGAUUAAACUUAUUAAAUUAUAUGCACCAGUAUUGGACGAAAUAGCUGAUGAAAUGGUGGACAGGCUCAUCAGGCUUCAAAAAGAAGACGGCUACUUUAAAGAAAAUUGGGACAAGGAAAUUACCAAAUAUUCUUUAGAGUCCGUCGCCUACGUGGGUUUGGGUAGUAGACUGGGCUGUUUAAAAGAUGGCCUGGGCGAUGACCAUCCUAGUAGACAGUUGAUUCAAUGCGCAAAAGAUAUAAUAUCUUUAUCUUUUAUGUUAGAACUUUUCCCGAGUUUAUGGAAAAUAUUUCCGUCGCCAACUUACAAAAAGCUCGUUAAGACAUUCGAUUUGCAAUGGGAAAUUAGUCGAAAAUACAUAGCCGAAGCGGAAAAACGGAUAAAAGAAAGAGACCAUGAUAUUCCGGAGGAAGAUAAGAGCAUAAUUGAGAAGCUGCUAGCAGUCGACCAGACUGUCGCUAUUAUGAUGGCUAAUGAGAUGUUACUGGCUGGUAUUGACACAGUGUCAUUCACUAUAACCACGCUACUAUACCACCUGGCUACGAACCCUGAGAAGCAAGAGAAAGUACGACAGGACAUUCUAUCUAAAGAGACUAGCAAACCAUACUUGCGAGCGUGCUUGAAGGAAUCACUAAGACUUCUACCAGUUGUUUCAGCCAAUUUGAGAAGGACUUCGAAGGAUCAUGUUGUCGCUGGAUAUCAUAUUCCGAAAGGGAUCGACGUUAUAGCGCCUAAUGAAUACCUAUCUAAACAAGACAAAUUUUAUCCCCGCGCCAAAGAAUUUAUACCCGAAAGGUGGAUAGUUGACAAAAGUGAUCCACUUUACUACGGGAAUACGCACCCUAUGGUUACCUCACCUUUCGGAAUGGGGGUUAGAUCGUGCAUAGGCCGCCGAAUAGCAGAGUUGGAGAUUGAAAUAUUCUUCAAGAAGCUGUUAAAAAGAGUAAAAGUAAGCUGGGAAGGGCCACCUCUCAAAAUUGCAUCGAAAGUAAUGAAUUCACAUGUUAAACCUUAUGGUUUUAAGCUGGAGGUAAAAAAAAAAUCUUGAAUAACAAUAUGUUUGUAAUAAACAAUAAAUUAUCAGCAUAACGGAAGGCUAAGGCAUUUAAAUUAAUAAACAUAUAAAUUAUUAUUUAAUAAUCUAUAAUAAGGUUUAUUAUAACUGUAA